AUGAGUGCUGAACCGUCAGAUCCACCAGUAACAGAUAAUUCUGAAAUUGCUUCGGCUGCUAUUGCAGAAAAACCUGAAGAAUCAACACCAGCUCUUCCAACUUCAGAUGAUCAAGAACCUGCCCCAGAAACUGAACAAUCAGAACCAUCACAAACUGAUGAGAAUGCAUAUGGAUCCUUCCCUCCAGGCACCAUAGUUCUUGGUAAACUAAAGAGCUUCCCACCUUGGCCAGGUAUUGUUAUCCCAUAUGAAUUAGUUCCUGAAGGUGUUAAUAAAAGCAAACCAAAGCAUCCAACUCAACCCCGUCCAUCAAAGAAGAAGAACCAACAUAGUGAUAAACCAAUUGAUACAAGAUUAUGGUGUGUGAGGUUUUUGAGAGACGAUACUUAUAUGUGGGGUGGUGUCAAUGAAAUUUCAUUAUUGACUAAGGAACAAAUUGAAAAAUUCUUGAACGAUAAAAAGGGUAAGAAAUUAAUCAAAAGUGCUUAUGAAAUGGCUCUAAAUCCUCCUGAUGUGGAGGAAUUUAUUAUUUGGGGUAGUAAUGGAAAACCAAUUCAGAUUGAUAAUGAAAUCAAUGAUGCAGAUUUUGAAGAUGAAGAAGGUGAUGGACAAAGUUUAGAAGAUGAUGAUGGAGAAGAAGAUGAAGACGAAGAAGAUGAAGAUUUAGAGGAAUUAAAACAACCAGUCAAAAAAUCAACUAAAAGAGGACGUGCUAAGAACUCUAAAAGUCCCGCAAAGAAACAAAAAACUAGCACUCCAAAAAAGACAAAGGGUAAACCUGGAAGAAAACCUGGGAAAAGAAAAUCUCCUGAGCCUGAGCCUGAACCUGAAACUUCAUCUGAUGAAGACUGGGAUGUUGAUGAUGAAACAGAACCACCAGUUGCAGAAAAUAUACCAUCAGCUAAGCAACUUUCAGAUGAUUUGAAGAAAAGAACACCAUUGAUCAAGAAAGCUAGAGUUGUGUUACAAGAUUUCUUCUUAGAAUCCAAAGAAAUUGAAACAGAUGUUAAGUCUUUGAAACAAGUCAAUACAAUUUUAGACUCAUUAGAAAAAAUCCCUGAAGUUCAAUUAUCACUAGUCAAACAUUACAGUUUGCAUAGAGUGAUGUUUGAUAUUUUGAAAAGACCUGAUCUUAUUGAUAUAAAAGAUGUUAAAAAAAUGAGAGAAAGAAUUUCCAAGCUGGUUGAAAUUUGGUUUGAUACAGUUAUUGAGCCUACUGAAAACUGGAAUUUCGAGGAAAAGGUUGAGGAAAUAGAAGAGAACAAUGGAGAAUUGAAAGAAGAAAAUGGUAAAGAGGAAAAUUCAUUACAAGAAGAAGUGAAGGAAAAUGGUGUUAAAGAAGAGGAAACAAGUGAACCAGUUGAAGCAUAA